AUGGCCUCCGAGGUCCCACCUUUGCGCAUCCAAAAGGGCGGCGGAAAUGGGCCCAGCUCUUCGCCAUCUAAACUGCCGCGAAUAAGUAAUCGUCCUCUUUCCGAACUGAGCCCUAUGGCAAUUCGCAGAAACUCUCCAAGUUUUCCGCAACCAAAGGGCAAGCUACUCUCAAACGAAACCUCUCCAAUAGGCUCUUCACCUUUUUCUUCGAGUUCACCACGUCUGUUCUGGCAGGGCCGCGAUCCCAGCUCUCCCGCGAGAGACAACACCGAAACUCCUCCUGCCUCCUCCCCACCAAAGCGCUCCUCCAUUGAGAACCUAAAGAAGGCCUCGAGGGUGAAAAACAGUAGCAUGUUUGCCCUCGAGCAGAGUACUCACUAUGAUCCUUCGCGUCCAUCAAUUCUGGACGGUCGCCCUCAGAGCAUGCAGUUUCUACGGCAGUCCUCGCCAGUUCGAAGUCCCGAUGCUGUGCGAAAAGAAAACAUUGCCCCACUGGACAAGGCCGCAUCCUUUCAAUCGCAGGAGAAGCAGCAACAAGAGGAAGCUAAAGAUACAACCAAUCCAGUCACCCCUCUCUCGCCAAGUCGAUUGAACAGCUCGCCAGCAAAGUCGUCCUUGUCAAAGAAAACCGGGUCAGCAUUCAGAAGCAGUGGCUUUAACCCUGAGACCGGCAUUUGGGAAGACGAUGACGACUUUCGAGACAGACAACUGCCGGCUGGCCGUGGGUUGCACCGUCAUCAAAAAAGCGUCACUUUUGACCAGGCGCCUCCACAGAUCAAUGAGUACGAGAUGACUACACCAGCCCCUUCGUCAAUUGCGUCCGGAUCGCGCGAGGGUAGCUAUGAGUCCACCGAUGAGGACGACGAGGAUGAAGAUGAGGACGAGGAGGCAAGCUUGGAGAGGGUUUCGUCAAUGGAUCACGAUGACAGCUUUGACGCGUCCCUUGAGGAUACUGAGAAGACACCAGUGGUUCUGCCCGAGGACUGGCGCUUCAUGAGCCCCGAGAAUGCCAACACAGACCUGUCUCAUCUUGAAGAAGACGUCUUCGAAGAUGACUGCGGCAGUCCUGCCCCGACCGCCCAGCCAAGUAUUCCAUCUUACCGCCCUCAUCAGACAAGUGCAAGCUCAAUCGACUCUAACGGACAGUCUCGCCCUCUCCCACCGCUUCCGCCCAUGAUCGGAUCACAAGGCCACUCCAGGUCUGACAGCUUGUCCGGUGCUUUUGAGCGUAUAAGCGUCGCGUCACGAUCUCUUCCAAGCCCACCAUUGGCAGCCAGCUUUUCAAAGGCGGACAUUCAAAAGAUCGGGAGUGGGAGUUCCCUAUCAGCGGAUGACAGAUUGAGAUUGAUGGCACUCCAGGAACAGGAGAGAGAACGUCGGAUGAGGCGAAUGGCUUCCAAAGACGCUGUCCCCUCUCGGAGCACUAGUAACGAAGACUCGCUUGCUGGCGAUUCACAGCCAAUCCAGUCUGAAUCAGGAAACUCGACCCCACAGCUGUCAAGGGCAUCAAUCCUUGAAGGUCUGCGUGGUCGAGUCGGCGUUGAUAGUCGAGAAGGCAGCGAGGAGAUUGCAGAGACGUCUCGACAGCGGGAUCUCUCCUCUCUUGAUCCUGAUGUUCCAAUACCCUCAUUGGAGGAUCCUACACAACCACGUAUCAAAAUGGAGGAGGAUGAAGAGCCUGACCUGUACUCAAUCCCGGAUAUGUACAUGGGACGUACUGCUUCCGGUUCAGACGUUAGCACCAACCAUGAUGACGACCUCACAAGCCAAUAUUCGCAACCCUCACAAGCAUCGUUUUUCCCUCAAAUGGCUGAGGAAGGAGACGACACUCCCAAAGCACAGAGUCCAGCUCGAGAGUUGAACGCAAAGCCCACAACGACUGAACGUGUGUCUUUGCCAGAUUUCACUGACUUUGGCGACACAAGCAGUUUCGAUAUCGGCCUGGCUCCGUAUCUGACCCAGAAGGACGAGAGUGCGAAACAAGCCACCGUUGUCGCGGCACCAUCUCAACUGCCAGACCUCGCUGCUCUCCGCCAGUCAAUUCAGCGAUCAUACACUCCGGAAGUUCAGCUCACAUCAUUCCAAAGCCCCGCAAAAUCCAGCCCAGAACAUGCAGCACCAGGAACCCCUGAUUCUGUGGUUAGACACCCCGUCGAACAUGCAGAGUCGCCUAGCCAUGUCGGCAUGGACCCAAGAGUGGAUGAUUUGGCUGCACAAGCACAAAGUGACCGUUCAAUUAGCCCCUCCGAUACGGGUUCGGUUUUGGUGCAUGAGAAGGAGAUGUCACCUGUGUCCCCCAUCUCGGACACUUUCGAUCAAAGCGCCGAAAUAGCACAGAACAAUUCCACGCUUCCAGAAGCAGCAGAUGAGAAACAACCCGAAGCAGACAAGAAAGAAGGCGAAAAGAAGCGGACUAGUAGCCUGCUGCCGUUGGAUAUCCCCCACACAGGAUUGGACGAAGGCCUGGGAUUGGGUCUCGAGAAGGAAUUUGACCGGGUAGUAGAAGCCCAAAAGGUAGAGUUUGAACUCUCAUUGCAACGUCUUUAUUACCCUUUUCACGGACGAUUCCCCUCCAGUGAGCUGCCCGAGGCAAUGGAGUUGAAAGGAGGCAACCCAAUGGAGAACAUCCCUGUUCUCCCCAAACCUCAGUCAUUUGCUAAUCGAGCUGGCCGUCGACAGAGAGGAUACCUGAUGAGACAAAACACCAAGAUUGUCGUCGCCAGCGAACGAAUCUCUCAAGAUGAGUGCAGAUCUCCUGGCCUUCCGGGGACUGAAGAUGGUCUGCUCGGCAUCCCCGCGGAAGCCAACCAGGUCCAUGCGUCACCGCGCAAGACGAGUCAGCCCACCUGGACUGCUGAGCCAUGGAACGGUAAGGUUCGGCGUAAGAGUAUUCGAGUUGGCGGGGAAAAGGCUGUCAGUAAGAGGAAGCCAGUCGAGGGCCCUGUGCCACCUCUUCCAGGACAGGCAAGCAAUGCUCAGGAGGGCCUUGACGCUGUUGCUGAAGAUGACAUCGGAGAGGAAGAGGAGUGGGAGGAUGGAGCCGAACGUGGCCGACUUUUUGUCAAGGUGGUCGGUGUCAAGGACCUGCAGAUGCCAUUUCCCCAACACGAACGCACUUUCUUUGCCCUCACGCUCGACAAUGGUAUGCACUGUGUGACGACAGCUUGGCUCGAUCUGGCUCGAAGUGCACCUAUUGGACAGGAAUUUGAGCUGAUUGUCCUCAAUGAGCUUGAAUUCCAACUCACACUGCAGAUGAAAUUGGAGGAGCCAAAGGUGGAACGGCCGCAAUCGCCAUCGAAACCGCCCGCAUCGCCUAAGAAGCAAGGAGCCUUCGGGAGGUUUUUUGGGUCGCCGAAGAAGAAGAAAGAGUCGGAAGUGCGAGCUCAGCAAGAAGCCCAGGCGGUCAGAAGGCCAGUGACACCACCUUCGGCGUAUGAACUGGUUCAAGGCCUGGUGGCCAAGGACGGCUCAUUUGCUCGAGCUUACAUUUCGCUCAGCGAGCAUGAAAAGCACGCAUACGGCAGACCGUACACCGUGGACAUCACCUGCUUCAACGAGUGGGCGGUGGAAGAAGUCCAUGUGGGCAGUUCGAGAAGCAAGAAGAGCGUGACGCAGCUCCAGCGUCGGCCACCUUAUGAAAUUGGCAAACUCGAACUGCAGUUGUUGUAUGUGCCGAAACCGAGAGGAGCCAAGGACGAUGAUAUGCCCAAGAGUAUGAAUGGCGCGAUUCGGGCCUUGCGGGAGGCUGAAGAACGUCUGGCACAACAAGCAACUAUUCAGGAGUUUGAGGGUUACCUGAGCCAACAGGGAGGCGAUUGUCCGUACUGGAGACGACGGUUUUUCAAGCUCGCCGGGACCAAGUUCACGGCAUUCCAUGAAACAACGCUUCAACCCCGGGCAACCAUCAACCUUGCGAAAGCUACGCGGCUCAUUGACGACAAGACGGCGUUGACGCAGAGAGAGACUUCAACCAAGGGAGGUGGACGGCGCAAGAGUGGAUUCGCGGAAGAGGAAGAAGGAUACAUGUUUGUGGAGGAAGGAUUCCGGAUCCGCUUUGCCAACGGAGAAGUUAUCGACUUCUAUGCCGAUUCGACAGCCGAGAAAGAGCAAUGGAUGCAAGCGCUGUCGCAGGUCGUAGGCAAAGGCGUCCAGAGCAACUCGGCCCCGGUUAAAGGAUGGGCAGAAAUGGUGCUCCGGCGGGAGAAAAAGAUGAAGACAGCAGCAGGCGCAGUGCAACGGCCCAAGGCAGGUCAUCAACGAACGGAGACGUACCAUGCAGGUGGCGGAAUGGGCCAGACGCACAGUCCAAUGAAGGGGACGGUCGGACGGGAGGAGCGGCAUCGAAAGACCAAGAGCAUGUAUGCGUGA